AGUUCUUCUACCACCUCUCCACAUAAAAUUGGGAUUGAUGAAGCAAUUCGUAAAAUCACUUCCAAGAGAUGGAGAAUGCUUCAAAUACUUGGUCACCAAGUUUCCAGGCCUGUCGGAGGCAAAAUUGAAGGAAGGUGUGUUUGUCGGACCAGACAUUAGAAUGCUUAUAGUUGAUCAAGAGUUUGUCAAUACCAUGACGGAUCCUCACAAAGAAGGGCUGGAUUGCAUUUAAAGAAGUCGUACAGAAAUUUUUAGGCAAUAACAAAGAUCCUCACUACAAAAAGAUCGGACGAAUGCUGAAAGCAUUUCAAGCUUUAGGUUGCCUGAUGAGCUUGAAAGUGGAUUUCCUCCAGUCCCACCUUGACUACUUUCCUGAAAAUGUGGGAGCUGCGAGUGAGGAGCAAGGUGAACGAUUCCACCAAGACAUUAAAGAGAUGGAAAGGAGAUACCAGGGAAAAUGGAGCAUUACAAUGAUGGCAGACUACUGUUGGAGGCUUCAGAGAGACAUUCCAGAUGUACUCACAAGUGUAAAUGCACCAAGAGGAGCCUCACAGGGAAGAAGAAUCGAGUUU